AUGGCGUCGGUGACAUUAGCCGUGUUAGUGUGUGUUAGUAGUGUAUUAGUGUGUGUGUAUGGACAUGUAGCUUUAACUUUUCCGCCGGCCAGGAAAUACGAUCUGGACUUUUUGGAUAACUCCAGAACUAAACCGCCGUGUGGAAUGCCCAAAGGUUCCAUCAGGACUUCGUUCUUAGCCGGAUCAACAUUUACAGUACAUUGGCAUUUAGCGUAUGCCCAUCGAGGUGGUUUUAGUUUAAGAAUACUCGAUUACCUCGAACGACCGUUAUUAGACUUAACGCCCAGAGCCGGCGGGACAGAGUUCGUAAGAGAUGACGUGACCGCCCAGAAGUACGAGGUCCACCUCCCUUCAGACUUCACGUGUGAUAAUUGCACCCUUCAACUACAGCGAGAGGCGGGCGAGUGGGGACAGAACUAUAGGUUUUGGUCCUGCGCCGAUAUUGAUAUAGUUACACGUAAGUCGUAUCACGAGACGUGUUCUUCACGCGGGUUCCACAUUCUCUCUCGAUGUAAGUGUAACAGACUGUAUUCGGGAGAUCGCUGUCAAUACUCGAAUGAAUGUAUUGAAGACGGGGAUUGUGGAUUACGAGGGCGUUGUGUGAGGCCUGCUGGGCCUUCCGGAACCGGGCCUAGCGCUUCCGGCCCCGGGCCUGGGCCUAGAGCGGGGUCAAUGACCUCAAAGGACACUAACGAAGGAGGAGGAGUCUGUUAUUGCGCCUUUGGAUUCUACGGCAAGGGCUGUAGCAAAAAGGCUCCGUGGAAGGAUAAGAAUAUAAACUUAGAUAUGUACACCAAGAAACAGCUGUCCAAAGAGUUCGCUUUGUACUGGAGAGUUUUGAAGGAAGAAGGAGAGAUAGAGGUCGCUAUGAUAGUAAAUGGAUCAUCUUACGCUGGUAUUGGAUGGAGGCCGAAAGGAUUGAAGAAAGAAUGCAAAAAUUUCCCCGUCUUAGGACCACCUAUGGAGAACCUAAGCACACCGGCACCCGAACCGCUUCCGAAACCGGAACCUAAAUCCGAACCAGAGGCAGCACCGGAACCGAAAUCUGAACCGGAACCGACGCCCGAACCGAAAGCAGAACCUGAACCGACACCGGAACCGAAAGCAGAACCUGAACCUACACCCGAACCGAAAGCUGAACCGGAACCGGAACCCGAACCGGCCACCGAACAAACUAAUGUACCUGAAAAUGACAACAGAAACAAAAGAGUCGCCAUGCAUACAUUAGAUGGUUUCGACUUUAAAAACCUAGGAAACGAUGUCACUUAUAAAACUAGCGUGUCCUUCAAAGUUUCCACCUCAAAAGGUCGCAAAAAGCGAGACGUGAAAUCAGACAAACCAAAUGUGGAAACAUCGAUUGACCAUUCCCUAAGUUCAGAACCAAAGUUACAGCCAAAGCUUAAAUCUAAGACCCAACCCAAAAAUAAAGUAAAUAAGACCCCUACAGAAUCACCCGUAGAUAUGUAUGAGUUAGAACCCUCCCCUGAACCCACAUCUGAACCAGAACCAAGUCCUGAACCCACAUCUGAACCCGAACCAAGUCCUGAACCUAAUUCUGAACCUGAACCUUUAUCUGAAAAAAGUUCUGAUAAAAAAGUUGAUCGACAAUCAAAAUACUAUUUCGAUUCGGACUCAAAAUCUCAACCCGAACCAUCUCCUGAACCAAAAUCAGAACCCGAACCAUCUCCCGAACCCAAAUCCGAGCCUGAACCAUCGCCGGAACCUAAAUCUGAACCCGAACCAUCACCCGAACCAAAAUCAGAACCCGAACCAUCUCCUGAACCUAAAUCCGAGCCCGAACCAUCUCCUGAACCCAAAUCCGUGCCCGAACCAUCUCCUGAACCCAAAUCCGAGCCCGAACCAUCUCCUGAACCCAAAUCCAAGCCCGAACCAUCGCCCGAACCUAAAUCUGAGCCCGAACCAUCGCCCGAACCUAAAUCUGAACCCGAACCAUCUCCUGAACCAAAAUCUGAGCCCGAACCAUCUCCAGAACCAAAAUCUGAGCCCGAACCAUCUCCCGAACCCAAUUCCGAACCCGAACCAUCUCCCGAACCUAAUGCUGAAGAUCCCGAGACUCUGCUAGUGAAAGGACUCAAAGAAGACACAGGUUACUUCCCCUCACAUGAGUACGCUCCUAAAUUCGAUUUCAACCCAAUGGACUGUACGGACAUAGUCAUAGGAUCAGCUAAAGGGAAUUACCAUCGAGUCAUGGAUUACUAUACUAGAGACAGGUCAACGCCACGCGUGGAUAAAUUUUGGGGAGGCAAAGAUGACGUGACUAGCGCGUCAGGAUACGAAGAGAAUGGAGUUACAACGAUACUGUUCAGAAAGAAGAUUAAGGCUAGUGAGCCGAGCGAUCAUUCUAUAGUGGAUGACCUAAUGCAUAUUAUUUGGGCCCGCGGUCAAGAACUUCGUCCAAACACUUCCAAGGACUUCUACGGUCUUGACGAACUGAAAUAUCACGGGCAUGGAACGCAGAGGGGCGUCGAUAGUUUUAACUUCUUUGAUGAACAAAAAUCGAGUCAAACGAGUGGUGUAUUAUCUCUAGAAGACGAUAAAUGUGGUGGACAAUGGAAAUACCCUAGUAAUUGUAAUAAUACCGGAAACAAUACUUGUUCAUACACCGCUAGGUGGGAGUAUUUGGGAGAAAAACGAGGAAAAGAUAGUGUACGAUUCACUAUUAGUACGAAACAGAGCAAACUUUGGACUGGAAUAGGAUUCAGCAACGAUAAGAAAAUGUCUCAAUCUGACGCGGUAGUCGGCUGGGUCGAUCCUCGCUCCAACAGACCAACAGUGAGGGACGUCUGGCUCAGCGGGUAUGGGGCGCCCGCUGGCGAUAACAGGCAGGACGUUACACAGAUCAGCGGUUCAUUGAUAGACGGCGUUACUACACUCAGCUUCGUUAGAAAGAGAGACACCGGUGACAAUAAGGACCUUCAAUUCACUAACACCAAGUGUCUAUACAUGAUGUUUGUUGUGUCCGGGGGUAACUUCGACCCCGCCAAUAAGAGGAUGAGCAAACACACGGACACACCGCUUGUUACUGAGGAGAGAGUCUGCAUUAAGCCAUGCGGACCAGAACCGGAAGAGGAUCCGUAUACGACGCUCCCUCCCCCUCCCCCCGGUUCCCGAUCAUAUUCCCUCCUCAUGAAGAUAACAGGCCUCGGAGAUAGUUAUAGAACUCCCGCUAUGGGAACUGCAGAAUACAAUGAAUUAAAGACGAAAAUAACUAAUAGUUUUGAUAGUACUAUGAAUGGGAUCAAAGGUUAUCAAGGGAUCAGCAUUAAUGGAUUUAUGCAAAACGAAACGAAAUCCAUCAUCGCCGAUAUAACGUUCAACACGAUAGAGAUAGAAGAUAACUCCGUCUCGCUCACACCUGAAGGAAACGACACUGAGAUAGAAAGAGAUGAAGAUAUAGACAGAGAUAUAGAUAGAGAGAAGUGGUACAGAACCAUAAAAGAGACGCUGGCUGAAGGAAAAGUCGGUAACUUGAUUGUAGACCCGGAGUUCUUGGUGUUCCAACAAGUUAUUACGUCAUCCCCUCCUCCCCCUCCUCCCAUUAUAUCCUCCCCCCCUCGUCUGUGGCUGGUCGCGGGGUGUGUAUGUCUGUUGGCUGCAUUGGCAGCGCUACAAGCGGCGUGUACACUGGCAACUACUAGAAGAAAGGACCGUUUGAUGCCAACACAAGCGUGGAAGGAAUACACCACCGCUAAUACUAACUACGCGUUCGAACCAUUUGAAAACGAGAAAUAUAACACUAGCUCCCGACCCCCAACACGACCCACAUCACCCCCACCGCCGCGACCCACAGCGACCCCCAAACAACAUAAAGUGACCCCUAAUGGACAUAACACGACCCCUAGAAACGGACAACAUAAAACAUAUAAUGGCCAAAAUGUCCAUAACGGAAAUAACCAUAAUGUCCAUAACGGGAAUAACCAUAAUGGCCAUAAUGUCCAUAAUGGCCAUAACGUAAAUAACCAUAACGGACAUGACGUCCUUGACGGUUAUAACAGAAGCGGCAGGAAGUACUCUCCCGGCAGAAGAACACCCUCCCAGUACUAUCCUGAAACAAGAUCACUACAGAGACCUAGGAAUCAAUACGGUCGCACGUCUGCCGGUAGUACGCUUUCCCUACCUCGCGGGUCUGAAGGGCCCAGCGACUUCUACUUUAUGCCCUCACAAAGGAAACACGAAGAUUUCUGA